CAUCAGCAAUGAGCCGCUUUUCUGGAGAAAAUGCAGUUCCGAAUGCCAAACGGACUGGCUUCCCUCAUCGAAGCUGCCGUUCAAACGCGCUCCGUCGCCGCCGGUCGAGCUACCCACGGCCAAAUAGUAAAGACCCUGACCAAUCCCUUACCUUCAUUCAUCUCCAACCAUCUAAUCAACAUGUACUCAAAGCUCGACCUUCCAAACUCUGCUUUACUCGUCCUCACUCUCACUCCUUCCCGCUCCGUCGUCUCCUGGACAGCCCUCAUCGCCGGUUCUGUUCAGAACGGUGGGUUUUCCACCGCCUUACUCCGGUUCAUCGAUAUGCUACGGGAAGGUAUACAGCCUAAUGAUUUCACUUUCCCCUGCGCAUUCAAGGCUUCUGGGUCACUUCGGAUACCGCAAUCUGGAAAACAGGUUCAUGGGUUAGCUAUUAAAAUGGGUUUAUUAUAUGAUGUAUUUGUUGGAUGCAGUGCUUUUGAUAUGUAUUCGAAAACGGGUUUGAUUGAUGAUGCUCUUAAGAUGUUCGACGAAAUGCCUGAUAGAAAUUUAGCUACUUGGAAUGCUUAUAUUUCAAACUCUGUUCUUUGUGGACGACCGAGAAAUGCUAUAUUGGGUUUUAUUGAGUUAAGACGUAUUGGUGGAGAACCGAAUUCCAUUACUUUUUGUGCAUUCCUCAAUGCUUGUUCGGAUGGUUUGUAUUUGCAACUCGGCCAGCAGUUGCACGGAUUCGUUAUUCGAUACGGGUACGAAUCCGAUGUCUCCGUUUCGAAUGGGAUGAUUGAUUUCUACGGAAAAUGCAGCCAAUUCGCCUCUUCGGAGAAGAUUUUCGCGCGAAUUUCCGAGCCGAACGAUGUCUCGUGGUGCUCGAUGAUGGUCGUGUACGAGCAGAACGACGAGAGCGAGAAGGCUUGCGGGUUUUUCAUUGAAGCGAGAAAAGAAGGAAUUAAACCGACGGAUUUCAUGGUUUCGAGCGUCUUGAGUGCCUGCGCGGCGAUCGCGAGCCUUGAAUUGGGAAGGUCGAUUCACGCGAUCGCGACGAAGGCUUGUAUCGACGAGAACGUUUACGUUGGGAGCGCUCUUGUGGACAUGUAUGGAAAAUGCGGUAGCAUAGAGGAUUGCGAAGCUUCCUUUCACGAACUACCUGAAAAGAAUUUAGUCACUUGUAACUCUCUUUUGAGCGGUUAUGCUCAUCAAGGACACGCGGAUAUGGCUCUUUCGUUGUUUCGUGAAAUGACGUUUGAUUUGGCUCCGAAUUAUGUCACCCUCGUUUGUGUAUUAUCGGCUUGUAGUCGAGGCGGGGAGAUAGAAAUGGGAAUGGAGAUAUUUGACUCGAUGGUUACGAAGUAUGGGAUUCGACCGGGAGUUGAGCAUUACGCUUGUGUUGUCGAUAUGUUGGGACGAUGUGGAAAAGUUGAGCAAGCUUUCGAGUUCAUAAAGAAGAUGCCUAUUCGUCCUACGGUUGCGGUUUGGGGGGCACUUCUCGGGGCUUGUAGAGUUUAUGGGAAACCGGAACUUGGGAAGAUCGCAGCUGAAAAGCUGUUUGAACUUGAUCCUCAUGACUCUGGCAAUCAUGUCGUCCUCUCGAAUACGUUUGCAGCUGCCGGAAGGUGGGAAGAGGCUGAUCUUGUGAGGAGAAAAAUGAAGGAGGUGGGCAUCAAGAAAGGAAUAGGAAGAAGUUGGAUAUACGUGAAUAACACGAUUCACAUAUUCCAAGCAAAGGACACAUCUCACGAUCGAAACAUCGAGAUUCAGGCCAUGUUAGGGGAAUUUAAGAGAGUAAUGAAGUCUGCUGGCUAUACAUCCGACACAAAAGUGUCACUAUACGAUCUCGAGGAAGAAGAGAAAGAAUCGGAAGUGUGGCACCACAGCGAGAAGUUGGCUCUCGCGUUUGGACUUGUGGCUCUUCAACCUGGAGUUCCGGUGAGAAUAACUAAGAAUUUGAGAAUUUGCGUGGAUUGUCAUAGCACGUUCAAAUUUAUCUCUGGAAUCUUUGGGCGAGAAAUCGUUGUAAGAGAUAACCAUCGUUUUCAUAGGUUCGAAAACCACCAAUGCUCUUGUAGAGAUUAUUGGUGAGAUUCAAACUAUUUAACCAUUUACAUAAAGUUUUAUAGAAUAUUUAUAUUUU